CCGGCCCAGGCAGGACAAGGGAGGAGCCGGAGACGGGGCAGCAGGUGAUCCCACCCGGCAGGGGCGGGCACUGACCGCCCCCUCGCUCUGGCUCGGCGGCGGCGGCUGGAGGAAGGCGGGCCGGGCAGCCAAGUUCCCUGCCGGCGGCGCCUUGCGGCUGCUGCGAAUUAAGUUUGGCAACAACUGCGGUCCGGAUCCGACAGGCUGAGCAUGGCGGGAGAGCCUGGAGCAGCCGAGGCUGGAUGAGGCCGAGGAGGAGAAGUCGCCUGCCGGGUAGGGCGCGCCGGAGGAGACGGAGAGGGAGCGGAUCCCUCUCCGCCCCGGCAUGGCUCGCUGGAUCCCCACCAAGCGGGAGAAGUACGGCGUGGCAAUCUAUAAUUACGAUGCUGUCCAGGAUGUGGAACUCUCCUUGCAGGUUGGUGACACUGUUCACAUUCUGGAGAUGCACGAAGAUUGGUACAGAGGAUAUACUCUUCGAAAUAAGGCGAAAAAGACAAAAUGAGACAGUAAUUCCUAGCGAGCUGCCCUUAGUCCAGGAACUGACUUCCACUCUGCGGGAAUGGGCAGUUAUCUGGCACCGGCUGUAUGUGGAGAACAAGAAGAGUCUCUUCCGCCAUGUGCAGCAGAUGACCUAUAGCCUAAUUGAAUGGAGGUCCCAGAUCCUUUCGGGAACCCUCCCCAAAGAUGAGCUGGCUGAACUCAAGAAGAAAGUCACAGCUAAAAUAGACUAUGGCAAUAGGAUCCUGGGACUAGAUUUGGUUGUGCGGGAUGACAACGGGAACAUCCUAGAUCCGGAUGCUACCAGCACAAUAGCACUUUUUAAAGCGCACGAGACAGCAUCCAGAAGAGUCAAUGAAAGGAUACAAGAGGAAAAGUCACUUCAGCAGGAUUUAGGCCUGCGGGGACAGACCAUCUUCAACAGCACCCACACCUACAGCCUGUAUGUCAGCUUCAAGAAUUUUGUCUGCAACAUUGGUGAAGAUGCAGAACUCCUCAUGAGCCUGUACGAUCCUGACCAGUCCUUAUUCAUUAGUGAAAACUACCUGAUUCGUUGGGGGAGCACCGGAAUGCCCAAGGAAAUUGAGAAGCUGAACAAUCUCCAGGCUGUCUUUACGGACCUCAGCAGCUCUAACUUGAUCCGGCCUAGAAUCAGCCUGGUGUGUCAGAUUGUGAGAGUGGGACACAUGGAGCUUAAAGAAGGAAAGAAGCAUACCUGUGGGCUCCGGAGACCUUUUGGAGUGGCUGUGAUGGACAUAACAGACAUCAUCCAUGGGAAGGUGGACGAUGAAGAAAAGCAACAUUUUAUUCCCUUUCAGCAGAUUGCCAUGGAAACAUACAUCAGGCAGAGGCAGUUAAUCAUGGCACCUCUAAUAACGUCUCAUGUGAUUGGAGAGAAUGAACCCCUGACAUCGGUUUUCAACAAAGUCAUUGCUGCAAAGGAAGUGAAUCACAAAGGGCAAGGCCUCUGGGUUUCACUAAAGCUGCUUCCUGGUGAUUUAGCUCAAGUUCAGAAGGACUUUUCUCAUCUUGUUGACAGAUCCACAGCGGUGGCCCGCAAAAUGGGAUUCCCCGAGAUUAUACUUCCUGGUGAUGUACGAAAUGACAUCUAUGUUACCCUGGUCCAUGGAGAGUUUGACAAAGGGAAGAAGAAGACCCCCAAGAAUGUAGAGGUCACCAUGUCCGUCCAUGAUGAAGAUGGCAACCUUGUAGAGAAAGCUAUCCAUCCAGGGGCUGGUUAUGAAGGUAUCUCUGAAUACAAGUCAGUUGUCUACUAUCAAGUCAAGCAGCCUUGCUGGUAUGAAACUGUAAAGGUAUCCAUCGCGAUAGAAGAAGUCAGCCGCUGCCAUUUGAGGUUCACCUUUCGUCAUCGCUCAUCACAGGAAUCACGAGAUAAAUCCGAGAAGGCUUUUGGGAUGGCCUUUGUGAAACUGAUGAAUGCAGAUGGCACUACCCUACAAGAUGGCCGACAUAACUUAAUAGUCUACAAGGGCGAGAACAAGAAAAUGGAAGAUGCCAAGUGCUAUUUAACACUUCCUGGCACCAAAGUGGAAAUGGAGGACAGGGAUGGUCCCUCAGUCAAGCAUCAGCCUCAUGUAACCAACUUCACUCCCACCAAAGACAGCACCAAGGAUAGCUUUCAGAUUGCCACUCUCAUCUGCUCUACAAAGCUGACCCAGAAUGUUGACCUACUGGGGCUGCUGAACUGGCGUUCAAACUCCCAAAAUAUAGGACACAAUCUGAAGAAGCUAAUGGAAGUAGAUGGAGGAGAGAUUGUUAAGUUCUUACAAGAUACACUUGAUGCACUGUUUAACAUAAUGAUGGAGAUGUCAGACAACGAAUCCUAUGACUUCCUUGUAUUUGAUGCACUGGUAUUUAUUAUUUCUUUGAUUGGAGACAUCAAGUUUCAACACUUUAAUCCUGUCCUUGAAACUUACAUCUACAAGCAUUUCAGUGCCACCUUGGCCUAUGUGAAGCUCACCAAGGUUCUGAACUACUAUGUAGGAAAUGCAGAAGACACCAGCAAGACAGAGUUGCUUUUUGCUGCUUUAAAAGCCUUGAAGUACCUCUUCCGGUUCAUCGUUCAGUCAAGAGUGCUAUACCUACGAUUUUAUGGCCAAAGCGAAGAUGGGGAUGAAUUUAAUAAUGCAAUCCGAAAGCUGUUCCUUUCCUUUAAUGUCCUCAUGGACAGACCUCUGGAGGAGGCUGUCAAAAUCAAGGGUGCUGCUUUAAAGUAUUUGCCAAGUAUCAUCAAUGAUGUCAAACUGGUGUUCGAUCCGGUUGAGCUCAGCGUCCUCUUUAGCAAAUUCAUCCAAAGCAUCCCAGACAACCAGCUGGUUCACCAGAAACUGAACUGCAUGACCAAGAUUGUCGACAGUGACCUAUUCCGUCAAGCUGAGUGCCGAGAUGUUCUCCUGCCUCUGUUUGUUGAUCAGUUAAGUGGACAGCUGGAUGAUAAUUCUAGCAAACCUGACCAUGAAGCCUCUUCACAGCUGCUCAGCAGUAUUCUUGAGGUUUUGGAUCGUAAGGAAGUGGGCCCUACUGCUGUUCACAUCCAGCUGAUUAUGGAGCGCCUGCUGAGGAAAAUAAACCGGACCGUGAUUGGAAUGAGCAGACAGUCUCCUCACAUUGGUAGCUUUGUAGCGUGUAUGACGGCCAUCUUGAGGCAGAUGGAGGAUUCCCAUUAUAACCACUACAUCAGCACUUUCAAAACCAGACAAGACCUUAUUGAUUUCCUGAUGGAAACGUUCAUCAUGUUUAGGGAUCUGAUUGGAAAGAAUGUCUAUCCAAACGACUGGAUGGUUAUGAAUAUGAUGCAGAGCAGGGUUUUUCUUCGAGCCAUAAACCAAUAUACUUCUGUGCUCAGAAGGAUCUUUUUGAAAGAUGCAAAUUUUGAACUGCAGCUGUGGAAUAAUUACUUUCACUUGGCAGUAGCCUUUCUUACCCAUGAUUCCCUCCAGCUGGAGAACUUCUCACAGGCCAAACGGAACAAGAUGAUGAAGAAAUACGGGGACAUGAGGAAGGACAUUGGCUUCAAAAUAAAUGAUAUGUGGGAUGCCCUAGGGCCUGAGAAGAUCAAGUUCAUCCCUUCUAUGGUUGGCCCAAUCCUGGAAGUGACCCUGACACCUGAGCCCGAAUUGCGAAGGGCAACCAUCCCCAUCUUCUUUGACAUGAUGCAGUGCGAAUUCACCUUCAGUGGAAGGAGAAACUUCCAUAUGUUUGAAAAUGAACUGAUAACCAAGCUGGAUCAGGAAGUCGAAGGGGGACGAGGAGAUGAACAGUAUAAGAUUUUGCUGGAGAAACUCAUGCUGGAACUUUGCCGGAAGCAUAUGUACUUAUCUAGCUCAGGGGAGGUAUUUGUUCUGUUGGUUAGCAGCUUGCUGGAGAAUCUCCUGGAUUACAGGACCAUCAUGCAUGAUGGGAGCAAAGAAAACCGCAUGAGUUGUACCGUGAACGUGUUGAAUUUUUACAAAGAAAAGAAGAGAGAAGAUAUAUACAUCAGGUACUUGUAUAAACUCCGGGACCUUCACAUAGACUGUGAAAACUACACCGAGGCCGCAUACACUCUUCUCCUUCAUGCAGAGUUACUCCAGUGGUCUGACAAGCCGUGUGCCCCGCAUCUGCUUCAGAGGGACAGCUACUAUGUCUAUUCACAACAGGAGCUCAAGGAGAAGCUGUACCAGGAAAUCAUUGCCUUCUUGGACAAAGGAAAGAUGUGGGAGAAGGCAAUCCAGCUAAGCAAAGAACUAGCUGAGAUGUAUGAGAACAAGGUUUUCGAUUAUGAAGGGCUUGGAAAUCUCUUGAAAAAACGGGCCACAUUCUAUGAAAACAUUAUGAAGGCGAUGAGACCUCAACCAGAAUAUUUUGCUGUUGGGUAUUACGGCCAUGGAUUCCCCUCCUUUCUCCGGAACAAGAUCUUCAUCUAUCGCGGCAAGGAAUAUGAAAGGAGGGAAGACUUCAAUUUGAAACUAUUGACCCAGUUUCCAAAUGCUGAGAAACUGAGCAGCACCACUCCUCCAGCAGAGGAUAUCAAAGCUUCCCCAAAGCAAUAUGUGCAGUGCUUCAUCGUUAAGCCUGUAAUGAACCCCCCACCAAACUACAAGGACAAGCCUGUUCCAGAGCAGAUUCUUAACUUCUACAGAGCCAAUGAAGUGCAACAAUUUCAAUAUUCUCGACCAUUCAGGAAAGGAGAGAAAGACCCAGAGAAUGAGUUUGCAACAAUGUGGAUAGAAAGAACCACCUACACAACUGCCUAUUCUUUCCCAGGGAUUCUCAAAUGGUUUGAAGUCAAACAGGUUACAACGGAGGAAAUCAGCCCCUUGGAGAAUGCCAUCGAGACCAUGGAGCUGACCAAUGAGAAAAUCAGCAAUAUUGUUCAGCAGCAUGCCUGGGACAGGACCCUUCCAGUGCACCCCCUCUCCAUGCUGUUAAACGGCAUUGUGGAUCCAGCUGUCAUGGGCGGAUUCACCAACUAUGAGAAGGCCUUUUUCACCGAGAAAUAUAUUCAAGAGCACCCUGAAGAUCAAGAUAAGAUUGAACUGCUCAAGCAACUGAUUGCCCUACAGAUGCCUUUGCUGGCAGAAGGCAUCAGAAUCCAUGGCGAGAAGCUGACGGAGCAGUUGAAGCCACUGCACGACAGACUAACUUCCUGCUUCAAGGAGCUGAGGGGGAAAGUGGAGAAGCUGUACGGUGUGAUAACUCUGCCUUCCUCACUGACUGAGAGAAAGCAGAGCAGGUCAGGAUCAGUGGUUUUGCCAUACAUCAUGUCCUCCACUUUGAGAAGGCUCUCAGUUACCUCUGUGACUUCCUCCGUGGGAUCUACGUCUUCUACCUCAUCAGACAGUACCUCCUCCAGGCCAGGAUCAGAUGGAUCCAUUCUUGAGCCGCUGGUGGAAAGGAGAAGUUCAGCAGCCUCCAGGAUGGAAGAGCUCUCUGCCAAAGACGAGGGUGAGAACAGGAUUAAUAAAUUCAAGCGGAAGGAGUGGAGCAUCAGCAAAUCUCAGGUUAUUGUGGAGAAGGAGCCAGAGGCUGUGCUGACAUCCAAAAUGAAUAUGUUGGGAAAAGCAAGGCCAAAGAGUCUCCAGCUUGGGGAAAGCAAACUGACACUGCUUCAGACUUCAUCACUCCAGCAGGCCAUGCCACUCAGCCCACCGCCAAUCACUCCCAAAACCCCAAGAACCCAAAGUUUUCCAUCUUUGCAAACAGAUGGAUUGGCAGUCAUGAAUGCACAGAACCCUCCACCCCCACCUCCACCCAAAUGCAAACCCUAUGAGAAUAGCAAUGGGAGGAACUCCACGGAGGUUGCUCCGCCAUUGCCCAGCAGGCGGGAAGUCAGGCCUCCCCCUCCUCCUCCAAAAGCAAGGAAAUCCAGCGUUCUUUCUUCAGAGCAAGGACUUCCGUGAGAAUUCCAUGCCAGCCUAGCCCACUUGCAUCUUGAACAAAAUGCCUGCUCUCCUUUUUUGCAAAUAUGUGCCUCAUGGUCAUGCAUGUCCCAGUGAUUUUUCCCCCAAAUGAAAGGACAAAAUGAUUCCACCCUUCUGCUUCCCUUCUCUGUAUAAUUUCCUUAGACCACGCCAAAAUAAGUCAUUUAAACCAUGGCAGUUUCCAAGCUUCUGACUUUCCUUGUUUGCACAUUAAAACGCUCUGACCUUCCUCAUAGUAGAGCUGCAUCAUGUUUAGCCAGCUCAGAACAUUCCAUAGCACGAGCUUGGUGAUUCCAGUUCUUGGGAGUUCUUCUGCUACCAGCAAAGCGUCAGUGUUACUCAGAAUUCUUUUUCUACCAAAAAUAGCCACCUUGGUCUUUUAAAGCCAAGUAAGCAUCAUCUGUAACAGGCAACCUUUUAUCUCUUUGCGACUGCAUUGGAUUUGCAUGAAGAAUUCAGACCUGCACCCUGCAGAGGGAACCUGGAAUAGAUAAGCCAUGAAUCUACAGACGACAGAACCAACUGCAGUUUCCUAAAGACAAACUGCAGAGAUUUAGGAGAUGUGCUUGGUUGGGCUAAGGGCUGGGGCUUGACUUCAGUCUUGAGGUCUGAGUCUUAAGGCUUGGCCUGGUGAGCUACCCUUGCCUCUUUGUACUCAGAUACAAAGCACAGAAGGGAGUCUGAGUGUGCAAGAUUCGCUUCUCCAAUUGGCUGGCAGUAAGAAGCCUUUGAAUUCGCCAGUCUUAGUAUAAAUAUUAGGAGCCUGGACACAGGCCUUUACCUGUUCAGUAGCAUAGUGCCUUCUGCUUGUUAUACUCCAGGCUCCAGCGUCCAGCUCAAACCAUUGACUUUGGGAAGACUGAACUAAAAGAGAGAGGUCUGGGUCUUGCAGCUGGCGCUCCUCUCCUACCCUGACAAAGGAACGCAGAUUUCAUGCCUAGGUACCUUACUUUGGCGAGAGCAUCAAUGUACAGCAGCAGAAGAUUUCUGAGGGUUUUGUUGGACAUCUGUUGAGUCAAAGGAGAGCAAUAUGAUCUUUCUCUGGACCAGCUUGGUGUUUCUUUCUCAAAAGUUCACUGUCAUUCCUCCUGUGGAUGCCUCAAUUAUUUUAUAGCUAUCUGGACUUUGCACACAAACAGGGUUACGUACACUACUAUAGCUUCAUUUCACUUAAAUCAUUGAUGUAUAUUUUUUACAUAAUAGUUGGUUGCCUUACAAGACUGACCUACCGGUGUAAUUAUCGUUGUGAAUAGUUCUAUCAGAGGACAAAUUGCAUACUAUGGUGCUGCUUGACCUCCCAAACAAACAUCCAUAACCCAAGAUAAGUCAACCACUAAGAGGUCCAACAGAACUCUUUGCAAACCUUCAAAUAUACAGCCCUGCAUUGUUUUCUAGAUCUGUACUGCUUUGACCCUUGUUAAGUCUGUUGUAAAAUAGUGCCACUGCAUUUCCUCAUUUUGUACCAAAAGCUCAGGGCUCAGCCCUCUUAGGACUCGGAAAUAUUUGAGAAGUAAUCCAGGUGGUUUGACUGCUGCAUUCUCAGCUGUUUUAAGUUUGAAUUCCAGUGUAAGUCAUAAUGUAAAUCUAUUUGGGCAUCCUUUUUCAGAGCUUCUUAGCAGUUGGUUGUGUUGAUUGCCUCCCUCCCAUGUCCUCAUCUUAAGGUGUACAUCAGAAGGCUUUCACCAAGUUUCACUCCUGAGAUCUUACUGUUGACCUUUAGAUUGGAGAUUUGGGAGAGUCACUGUAAAGUGAGAAUCAUCAUUUGGAAUAUCCAUGAUACGAAGAGCAGAAGUGUGCCCUCAGACUUGGGGUGCAUCCAAGCUGAAGCUAUUAGGCUGGAUCCAGACUAAGUUUUCCAAUGUCAGAAUGGGAUUUCCGUGCCUCCUCCUCCUCCCACUGCAGCCCACUGAUCUCCACAAAAUGCUGCUCCUGGGGGAUAGAGAGGAUCAUGAGGAAUGACACGAGGGAGCUCUGUAGCUGAAAAGGGGAAAUGGUGGAAAUUGCCAGUUUAGUCUGGCUCAAGAUUUUCUUUAUUUCAAAAACAAAAGGCAUGAAAGCCAAGUUUGGGAUCUGAAUAGUGUGAUUGGUUUGAGUGUUCAGAUGCUAUUGAGAAAAAGUUGUGUAUCUAGAGUUUUGUCCUUUUGAGAGAAGGCUGUGUGUGUACAGUGUUUUUGUCCUUCCUUAACUUUUGUCAUCAUUUGCUUAAAGCCCUCCAGCAGUAAUUUAGGGUGCUCGGCUUCCGUCUAGUGUAUGUGCUGCUGAAGUGGGCACAGGGUGCUUGGCUUCAAGAAGCCUGUGAGUUGAAUGAACUCGGCUUUCCUUUUCCAAAGAACUUUGUAUGUUUCUCAGUCUCAGCAGCACCUCAUGUGAUGCAAGCUGAACAAAGUGGCUAGCUAGAAGGCGUAGGUUGGGGCUUGAGUAUGCCACAUAACACCUUCUCCAUCCUACGGGUUACCUUGAUGCCUGUUUUGCCCACAGCCAAAUCACCAUGUUCUUACUUUGACCUUUGUUCCUCUCUUUACUCCAAGUUAUUCAUUCGCUGUCAUUCAUUACAUUUGUCAUGUCACCAGGGAGUUCCAGGUGGCAUGUAUGGCAGUUAAUCCUUUUUUUAUAGCAGCAAGAGCCCUGUGAUGUAAGCCCAAGUUUACAUUGUCCAAGUUUGUCACUUAAUCUGCUGUUGUCAUCUGGUUCUAUCUCCAGUCCUUUUAUUCUCCCCAUCACCAAAUUGCUACAUGUACAGACUGGAUACGUGCACGUAUUAGCAUAAUUCUGAGCAAAGCUUGCUUGCUUUUUUGGUGUACAUAAAAUACAGCUGGAGUAGUUUUUCACACUGUUUGGAAAUGCCAGCUUCCCCCCUGCAUUUCGAUAUCCUUUCAAGUCCAUAAGAUGGCAAUCUCAGCCCAAUAGUUCUUUUCGUUGUUUGAGUUUGGCAUUUUUUCUAGUCCAUUUCUGCAGCUUCUAUUUUGAUUGUGAAUGAAAGCUGUCUUCCCUUUGUUGCCCAAGUGACUUCAAAAAACAGAUUGCUUACAUUAGGGGGUCAUACUGGAUUCACGUCAUGGACCAUACUGUAGAUGUUUUCAGAGUCACACAGGAGACUUAUUACACGUGCCUCCAGCUGUGCCAAUUGCAGUGUGCAUGCAACUGUCUUAUAUGCUGCUCUCUUCCUCGGGGAGGAGGAGACUUGGGGGGGGGCCUUCCUGGCCAUUUUGGCCAUAUUUCACUCCCCUCUUGGUUCAUGGCAGAUGUUGCCAGUUCUACAUUAAAAUUCCUGGAGAUGGAUACUUCUUGACUUGAAAGCCUCUGGGCUUUGUUAACUACCUUCUUCCUUCUGUCUUCAGACUGUGCAUACAUAUGAUAAAGAAGUUUGGUGUCCUGAUUAUAUUCCUCAAGCAAAACCAACCACUAACUUUUGAAUGCCAUUUUGCCUGUUCUCCGAUUGCAUGGUGCAUUUCAGCUACAAGUGCAAUUGUAUGGCACGAUCUGCAGUUAGUUGUAUAAGGGCAGGGCAUCAUGUUCAGGGGCUGCAAAGACUGGAUUCUCAGCCCAGCCUUCACUGCUGACCUCCAAAAAUCUCUGCAGGAAGGGAGUGCUUUUCUUACCUUCCUACCUAUUGUAUUUUUAUCCUGUCCUUUUCCCACGGAUCUCAAGGCAGAACAUGUGGCUCUCCCCUUUUUCAUUUUUCUCUGGUAACACUCUGAGGUGUGUUAUGCUGAGAGUGAGCAACUGCCCAAAAGUCACUGAAGGAGCUUUAUGGCUGAGUGGGAGUUUGAACCUGGGACUGACUUCUGCACCAUCUCUGCUUUUCUGGGAAGAGGUAUUGAGUGGGAAGAGGGGUACUCGUUUGUAGCCUCCACCCUAUCCCAGCUAUUUUCCUCCCCUACACCAUGGGAAAGCAUGUCUCAGAACCCUGCCCUGGGGGAAAGCAUCUAGAAGUAAAUUUUGUGGAAGAAAACCAGCGAACUCCACUUCUUCCCUUGCAAACAUUUCUCUCCUGGCCACCAACAAACACAGGUGUGUGAAUUCCCUGCCUCCAAACAUGUAGAAUGUAGUAUUCUGUCAAGCUGUGGUUAUUGCUUUGAGACUUCCCCGCCUAGGACAAUUUGUAUCAUCCUGUGAUGGGAUAAUCAGCGUGAAAAGGUGGAUAAACCUCCUCCCCCAGGUAGUGGUUAAAGUGUUGGACUAGAAUCAGGUUUUAUUCUCUACUACACCGUGAAGCUUUGCUAGGUGACUUUGGGCCCAUUGCUCUGUCUCAGCCAAACCUAUACAACUGAGAGAUUAUUAGGAUAUAAUGUAUACCCAUGUACACCAUCCUGAGCGCCUCAGAGAGAGGCAGGGAUAAAAAGGUACUAAAUAAAUAAAAUCCAUAGCUGCUUGUGGAAAUUUCUGCUUUUCAGGUGAGGAAAGUUAGUGCCUUUGUAGGUUCAUAUAGCAGUUGAUUUAAACCACAGCUGCUUGCUUUGGCAUGGGUGUGAGUUCCCAGGUUGCAUUCUUUCCUGAUGGAAGCUUUCGGUCUUUUGCACCACACCUUUGUCUCAGUAUUUGGAUGAUGAUAACCAGAAUUCCUUGAGACUUGCAAGCCAAGCAACAUCCAGCACCACCACCUGGUUCUCCAGUAUGCAUAUUUGGUGGCAACUUCUGCAAGGACACAUUGUCAGCCAAGUUACUAACAAGGAGGUAGAGUGAGACCACUGGCAGGUGUAUAAUUCAGAAAGAGCACCAGCCAUUGGUAAAUACAAAUCCUAUUAAAGGUAAUGAAAUUGCCUUUAGAGUGGAGGACAAUACAACUGCUCCAUUGGGCAUCAGGCCCACUGGCCACUUCUUGCACCAAAGUGAUGUCAUCAGUCUACUCGUGUCUUUCCUCUACGUGUGUGGACUACGGCAGAAAUUUCACCCUUAAUGUUGAUAUGGUACUGGGUAAGCCAAAAGGUUGAGAAGAAUAGAAAGCCCACUGUGUAGUCACCGUGUAAAUGUUUGCAAUUGUGCCACAGGCCCGUUCUCUUUUUAUCUGUGUGUUGCGAUCUGUAUCAUGUGAUGGGAUUAUCCGGUGGGGAAGAACAAGGGGCCACUCCCUUUGUGCUUGGAAUCCUGCUAUGGGACUAGAAUCCUUCUUGUCUUGCUCAUUCUGUUCCUUAAAAUACAUUCAUUGUGUUGUAUAGGCUGUGAGGCUGAAAGGGAGGAGCAGAGAAUGAUGUAAGCCAAUUUGUAUCCUCAUUUGGAAAGAAAGGCAGAGUUUAAUGAAGUAGAUUAAAAAAAACCUUCUCAUGCCACUGAAACAACAUAGUGUGUAGUUCUCCCUGAACUGUUUCAGGACGUGGAUGACCUUCUUCAAGGAAUGUUGUGUAGUGUGAAGAAAAUGCCAAAACAUCGGAAGCACACAGUAAUGAUGACUGAGUGUUAAAUGUUUUCCCAUUUCUGUCCCUCCAUGAAUUAAGUUAAAAACUAUUUUCAAUUGCACCAGAUUGACUUGCCUUAUUUAUUUUUAUAACUGUAAAUUAAAAUUAAAAGUUUGAUUUAUGCCUAUAUCCUUUUAACUGUGGCCUCUUUUUUGAGGGCCCGGGAUUUGAAAACGUGAAUGCUGAUGCUUCAUUU